AAGAGGAGGAGGAGGAGGAGGAGGCAAAGGAGGAGGAGGAGGAGGAAGAAGAAGAGGAAGGCGCGCCCGGCCCGGAUCUGCCCGCCUCGGCCAUGCCGCGCACCUGCCCCGGCCCCGCCGGACUCUGAACGCCCCUGCCGCCGCCGCUGCUGCCGAAAGUUGCCGCUACCGGUCCGGUCCGGUCCGGGGGGCGCCGGUGGCGGCCCCGCCGGCCCCCGCUCGCCUGCUGCCUGGCUGCGUGGCGUCGCUCUCUGCAGCGGCCGCCCGGCGACCCGAUUCUCCCCCAAGUGCUGAAGUUGGACCGGAGAGGCGCCACGGCGGCGGCGUCGGCCGACCUCUUCCCCUUCCUCUGCCUCCCCAUGGAUAUGCACUGCAAGGCAGACCCCUUCUCUGCGAUGCACCCAGGGCACGGGGGUGUCAAUCAGCUCGGGGGGGUGUUUGUGAACGGCCGGCCCCUACCGGACGUGGUGAGGCAACGGAUAGUGGAGCUGGCCCACCAGGGCGUCCGGCCCUGCGACAUCUCCCGGCAGCUACGGGUCAGCCACGGCUGCGUCAGCAAGAUCCUGGGCAGGCACCCGCUGUGGGUUCGGCGAGAGGGCGAAAAGCCAAACACGCAAAGACCCGACCCGCCCGCCGCCCCAUUUGCUGCGAGGCCCGCCGGCAAGCCUCCCUUCCCCGCGCCCUACUCUCUCGCCACCCCCAGGUACUACGAGACCGGCAGCAUCAAGCCCGGCGUCAUCGGCGGCUCCAAGCCCAAAGUGGCCACCCCCAAAGUCGUGGAUAAAAUCGCCGAAUACAAGAGGCAGAACCCCACCAUGUUCGCCUGGGAGAUCCGCGACCGGCUCCUGGCCGAGGGCAUCUGCGACAACGACACGGUGCCCAGCGUCUCCUCCAUCAACCGGAUCAUCCGAACCAAAGUGCAGCAGCCGUUCCAUCCAACACCAGAUGGGAGUGGGACCGGAGUGUCUGCACCUGGACAUACUAUAGUUCCUAGUACAGCGUCCCCUCCUGUCUCCAGUGCCUCCAAUGAUCCAGUGGGUUCCUACUCCAUUAACGGGAUCCUGGGGAUUCCUCGGUCGAAUGGCGAGAAAAGGAAACGUGAUGAAGAAGUAUCAGAGGGCUCCGUCCCCAAUGGCGAUUCCCAGAGUAGUGUGGAUAGUUUGCGGAAACACCUUCGUGCUGACACCUUCACGCAGCAGCAGCUGGAAGCUUUAGAUCGAGUCUUCGAGCGUCCUUCUUACCCAGAUGUCUUCCAGGCAUCGGAACAUAUCAAAUCUGAGCAGGGUAAUGAAUACUCCCUCCCGGCUCUGACCCCUGGUCUUGAUGAAGUCAAGUCGAGUUUAUCCACCUCCGCUAAUCCAGAUCUGGGGAACAACGUGUCAGGACCCCAAACCUACCCCGUAGUGACUGGUCGCGACAUGGCCAGCACAACCUUGCCUGGCUACCCACCCCACGUCCCACCAACUGGACAGGGUAGCUACCCAACCUCAACUCUGGCUGGAAUGGUGCCUGGGAGCGAAUUCUCGGGAAACCCUUACAGCCACCCCCAGUACACAACAUACAACGAGGCCUGGAGGUUCAGCAACCCAGCAUUACUAAUGCCACAUCCCGGGGCUCCGCACCUCCCACUGCUGCCGCUGCCUAUGACCGCCACUAGUUACCACGGAAACCACAUGAAACUGCAGGGGGACAGCCUAGGCCUCCAUAUUGUACCUGUCUGAUGAACAUUCCUCCACCCCUGGGAAGGAUGAAGAGACUCUCUCCGUUCCCCUCACCUGCCCCCUCCACCCUGUCAUCCUUUUUAAGACUCCAGAACAAACUGGGAUGUUGUGCAUUUGCCAUCACCAGUUUGAGAAACCCAUGCAAGCUACUUCUCUGGAUGACGGCAAGAGCAGGCCCAGUGACCAGCGGCCCAGCUUCAUCUGCUGUUCCUAAUGUCACCACAGACUGACUGACCCACACAAAUUGUUCCUGUGUUCUUUAUCCUCCGGCUCCUUCUCCAAAAGGCUUCCCUACCUUUUCCAACUGUGAGAGGAAUGUGAGCAGUAUCACCUGCAAUGUGUCAUUUUGGAAGUGGCACAGACAGGAAUGGCAAAAGGAGACUUCUACUCACAGAUCAUGUUCCCUCAAGAGACGAUGCUUGAAAAUGGUCAACAACUCUGUUUCCGGAAGCCAGAGAGGGAACCAGCUGGUUCAAGGGGAAAAGACCUCUGCCGCGUUGUGUGUGUUCCACAAGGGUUUCCUCGUAUGGUCCAUUUUCCUAGUUUCAUCUGAAGACUGACUGUACCCAUUAUGACAUAAUCUCACAGACAGUAGAUUGGCAGCAGGUCACCAACAUAGACAUGCUCAGACCCACAGGUCAAGUCAGGCAGCAGGACGGAGUGACGUCGGCCAGUCAAGCCAUAGGUGAAAUGAAGAACUAUAUAAAUAGAUAUAUAAAUAUAACUGUUUUUAAUGCUUUGUCCUGAAGGUCUGUAAAAUGGAAAAAGAGAGAAAGAUUGAACCCUCAAUUUUCUAAAUAGCAAAAAGACCCAGCGAAAAUAAGCUGAUCCAAAUGGCAGACAUGUUCUUCUGAAGAAAUCACGUCCCCCUUUCUCUCCUGGAUUUCAUUCCUUUUUUGUUAUGCACUAGGAGGUCCACGUGGUGUGAGGCGGAGUGCAAGUGCCAUUCUGGGGGGAGCUGCUGUCCACAUGAGAUGCAAUUAAGGAGCAGAAGAAAACUUCAAAUAGCCCCGCCCCACCCCCACCCUUCCCAGGUGCAGAUUUCUGGGCUCAGUCAUCAGCCGUUGAAGGGUGACAGCAGCUGAGGCUGAGCCCACAACAAAAGCCCUCCCAUCGUUCCUUCCCCCCCCCCCUUUGGUUGUUCCUACUUCACAGGUUAUCCUGGAGGGUCUGGAUGGGGGCCUGAGGGUCCUCUUUUCUCGAUGGAUCUGUGAUAUUUUGGAAUAGGGGGCACCUCCCUAAAACAUGCACUUUCCUUUCUGCUUGAACUCACCUUAUUUUUCUGAUAGACUCUUUUGGCAACCAGCUUAAUGAGAUCCCAGUUCUAGGGACUGCUCUUGUCCUCCAUUUCUGCACAGGUUUAAAAGCUGGGCAGAACUUGGAUUACUCAACAGUUUCACUUAGUUGGGUUUGGUUUUUAAAACGAGCACACCUCUUGGGGGACGGAACUCCCUGCAUUGCUGUGUCCUUCCUUCAUGGCACCCACGAGUCCUGUGACCCACGCGUUUCCUGCUGCCCCCCCCCCCAUGACACACCAUCACAUUGUGAAAAUAGAUUCCAUCCCGCAAACUGUCAAAUGCCUGGGUCAAAAAUAAACCGGCAGGUAGGCCAAGCUGAUGCCAGGAGGCCCCUCUGCAUUAACUGUGUUGCUUUACUUACACACAUUGUUGUGCAUGCAGAAUUUUGCAGGGUGUUUGUGUGUAUGUGUGUGCGCGCGCGUGUGUGUGUGUGUGGGCGUGUGGGUGUGCGCUGAACUGAGGGAUUCUGAUUAGGAGAAGUAUUGCCGAAGGCGGUGGGUCUGCUCCCUUCCAGCAAGUGUAAUUCUGGAGUAGGCAAGGCAAACACUGAAGGGGAUGGAAUUUCCUUCUUGGAGUCACGCAUUGACUGAGCCAAGAGACAGCCAAGAAUCCACUUCCAAAAGAAAGGGCAGAGAGUCAUGCCUGUGCUAUGCAUGCCACAAAUGCCCCCAAGUUGAAACUCAUUGUCUGAACCAGUUCUUGGACCUCUUUCUGGGCACACCUAGUAAUCGUGGGCCGUCUGGAAUUGGUUCAGUGCCACCAUUUACCUCCUUAUCCAAAAUUCAGCUCUGGCUGGCUGGGACGGCUGCUUCUCCAGCUACAGCAGUCACUUGCCUGCAUGCAGGUCUCUGUUUAAAGAGAGAACUCCUUCAAGUUGUCCACUGACUUUCCUUAAAGGUGAGCCUCGGGGUGACUGGGAAGUGAAGUCGCCAGUUUUGGACUGCAGCCCAAAUCCUCUCCCAGACUGGAGGUUUCAUUUGCAAUCCUCCCUUCUUCGAGGAAACAGAUACAAGGAAAGGAAUAACCCAGCCUUUCUUUCGUGCUGAUGCAGCAUUGCUGACUUCACUCCCCAGUCUGACUUUGUCUGGCAGGUGUAUGAAGCGCAGUUCUGCCUGGAGCGUCUUGGCCGUGCCGUGGCCAUUCCCUCGGCCUCUUCUCAAGAGCCACCUGCGAAUGUUUGCAUUACAUUUGCCAAAGACGUUCUUGUUUUGGCUGGUUACAGCAGCAGUUGGUGGGUUGCAUUGUGUAAAGCAGUAUUGUAGUGAAGUGGAGUCACUGAUAUGGGGGGAAUUCAUGUGACUAUCUAUGGCAAUGUUCAUCAAUGUUCAUAUCAAUUCCUUUGGACUGGACUAUGCAGGAAAUACGGAAAGCCUAUUCAUUAUUUAAUAUUUUGUUAUAUGCGAGGUGAGGGGUGGAACGGCUGCUUUGUAAGAAGAAACUGUGUGUACUGUGAAGGCAAAUUCCUCUUGUAUAUAAGCCCAUUCAUUCUCCAUCAUCAUGGUAGUAAUUAAAAAACAGGCUCCCCCUCGUCGUCAUGUAGAUAAGGAACGUGCUGUCUGUACUGUUCAAAUCUCAUUGUGUUCAUUGGAAACAAAGCUCUGUGUUCAAUAAAGCACAGCACAAACUCCAGACCUGUGGGAACCACCAAGGCCAGCAAGGCCUUUCCCUGGCGACCCGGUCCGACAGCCUCAGAAGCGGAGGGCCAUUUUUACCUCUGUUUUUGUUAAUUCUAAGCAGCAGAAAACUUAAAAUACAGGGAAAGAAAAAUGCAAAAAACAUUGGAAGGAAAAAUCUCUAUGCAAAAGGGGAAGAAAACAAAAAAGGUGUCUUUGGCGCCUGCACCGCCCGUGCGUCCGUCCCCCUCCUCUCCAGCUUCCAUGCCGUUGCCCUCCAUUGCUGCUCCUUCGCCUGCUCUCUCUUUGCGCACUGGGUUGUCUGACAGCUGACAAAAAUGAGUGGAUUCAAGGCUCCGAGGUUCUUCUCCUGAUUAUUUUGGGCAUGCCUCUCCAAUUUGUGCUUUCUGUUCCCCACCCUCCCAAGCUGUAUGAUGGGAAUAAAAAGACACCCGUACAUGGUGGGGGUGUUGUGAUUCUUCA